UGGGGCUGCGCGCACCGCCCUGGCUGUUUGGGUUCGUCGAAUGUCAUUAUAGCUGAUGUGGGACUGAUUGAUGCCCCACACUCUGAGCGUCCAUCCACUGGCCUCGAGUAUAUAAUGCUCCCCGUGCUGUUCUUUGCGUUUGCAACCCGACAAAUUCUUGUCAUACCUAAUCUCAAUCAUCACCAUGUCAAGCCCCACCUACCGUCCUAUCAUUACUGGUGCCACGAGCGAUGUACCGCCAGAGCUCCUUCCUACGCGCCUCGAGUUCCAUGACUUCGUCAAGGACAAACGUCAAUUCUCGCUCUACAUCCAAGCUCUGCAGAGCAUGAUGAAGGAGCCUUACGCUGACGACUUCUCGCAUGUCAGUAUCGGUGGAAUCCACGGGCUGCCCUAUGCUCGAUGGGGUGACUCAGGAAAUGCCGAUGCCCCGGGCGGGGAGACGUUCGGAGGCUACUGUACCCACGGCUCAGUCCUGUUCCCUACGUGGCACAGGCCAUACGUCGCUCUCUUUGAGCAAUCUCUGUUUGCUCAUGCGAACAAGAUAGCCGGACAGUACACAUCCGACAAAGUGGCGUGGCAGACAGCCGCCUCCACUCUUCGCGCUCCGUUCUGGGAUUGGGCCCGGAAGCCGGAGGCAGAUGCGGCUGUCCCCGUUGAGAUAACUUCUCCCAAAGUUACGAUCGUCACACCGAAGGGAGAGGAGACGGUUGACAAUCCGGUGUAUUCCUUCACUUUUCUCGCGAAAUACCCGGAGGACACCUUCUAUGCGCCGUACGAACAGUGGAAUCAUACGUUGCGGUAUCCCACGACCUCCGAUGCUGAUGCUCAGAACGACGAUGCUAAGUUUAUCAGCACCUAUGCCGGUCAGGCGAGCCAGGUCCGUACGCAGACUUUCAACAUGCUCACGCGUCUCCAUUCUUGGGAGUACUUCAGCAACCACACUGUCACGCCACUUCCCGUGGCGAACAGCCUGGAGUCGAUCCACGACAACAUGCACGUCGUGAUAGGCGGGCCGAACGGACACAUGAGCGACGUCGGUGUAGCAGGUUUCGACGCCUCCUUCAUGCUUCACCACGCAAACGUUGACCGCCUUCUCUCGCUCUGGCAAGCACUGAACCCCUCUCAAUGGGUCAACAAAGGUGACCAGCCGGGCGGGACCUACACCAUUGCGGACGAUGGGACUGUCGAUGCCACUUCAGACUUGACGCCCUUCUGGAAGACCCACACGACAUACUGGGAGUCGAACGACCUGCGCGACUGGAAGAUCCUGCAUUACUCCUACCCCGAGUUCGCCGGCUUGAAAGGAGACGACCCCGACGCGGUCCGCAAGGCCAUCCUGCAGAGGGUGAUGGAUCUGUACGGCACCUCACUGGUCACCAAGCCCACCCCCACUCCCGCGGCCUCCAACCCCGCACCCACACCGGCCCCAGUCACCCUUGCCAACACGCAGGCCACCACCCCCGCGCAAACGCACGACUGGACGGUCCACUUGAAGUUCAAGAAGUACGAGCUCGGCGCGAGCUACAUGAUCCAGGUGUACCUCGGUGAUACGUUCGUCGGCUCGGUCAGUGCGUUCGCGAAUCGUAGCGCGGAGCGCUGCGCAAAUUGCCUCAAUAACCUCGAUUUGGAGAUCGAAGGCUUCGUUCACCUCAACGAGGCGCUGCUGGAGAAGUAUCCCGAUUUGGAAUCACUCUCGCCCGAGCAGAUCAAGGACGUUCUUGUUAGGGAUCUUAGGCUGCGCAUCGAAGGGGUGAAGCCCGACGGAUCUGUCGCAGACUUCUCGGACUUACCUUCUCUCAAGGCUGCCCCAUUCUCCCAGACGAUCACUGUAGACCCCACGAGUCCUCUUCCUCAGCUCGGAGACGCAGUGUAUCACCACGACGUGAUGGCCGGCAAGCCUGGCCAUACCCCGCCUGAGCGAUGGGUGCAUGUGGGUAGCUCUCAGUAAACGGGCCGCCUCCAUUUUGUGAACGGAUGAAGAAGAUCUAUGUUCCGUUUUAUGUGUUUGAUACAGCAUAUUGUGGUAAUACUAUGAGCAUGUAUUUCUGAGUUUCUUGAUAUUCCUAUGCAAGAGCAGUUGCGCUUCGAUACGUUGACUUUAACGGAGGUUCAAGCCUUAGAUCUGCCUGUGCGCCGCUGAUCAUUUUUUUUAGCCUGUAUCUAUCGUAGUCCCUUGGUACAUACUGCAACACUGAUCUGCUA